AUUUGCUGUUGUAUUGUACAGUGGACAGUGGAAGUAGAUGAACUCAAAUCGUGCCGUGAUAUACUGUAUCUAUAUGUUUGUAGUUUCUCCUCCAAAUUUGUGUUAUUUCUGUCCGUGAAAUCAUAUUCCAUUGUUCUGAAAUGUGAAAAUAAUAGAUGUUGAUAUCUUGAUAUGGUAUUUUUAAUUUGAAAUAAAAUUGUGGGUUAAUCGUUCAUCUCAUAACAUAAUCUCCGAUUGUAAAUAUUGUUAAAGAAAACAAGUACAUCUCUCCUGGAAUUCUUCUAAAAUAUUAACGAUGUCGGGAAUAUAAUUAUCAUGUAAUUCUACGAAAAUAGACACUCUGUGAAUGUACAUAAUUAUGUAGUAUUAGAAAAAGAGAAGAUUUUUCUGCGCAAUAAAUGUGCCAAUUCUUUGUACAGAGUCUUUCUAUGUGUGAUAACUGGGUUAAAUUGUUAGACAAGUGCAGCUGUAGAGUCACACCAUUCUUUAUGGUGGCGACAGAACCGGGAAAUCAGGGAAAAGUCAGGGAAUUUCAUAAAAAUAUCUAAAAAUCAGGGAAAAUUGCAGAUGAGAGCAUUUCGCGCCAAGCAUGCGAGCAAACAGUGAUUUUACAUUAUCAUUUCUCUACAUGUGAAGCCUAAUGUUGCCAAAACGAUCAUAGCAACAGCAACCAGGAACAACUUUCUUUCAAGGGUACGCCUAUUACCACAAUGCAAACAGGGACCACCAGUCUUCAUCAUGAUGCAGCUGGUUCAAAAAAAUCUGCAGAAAGCUCUCCCCAAGCACUUGGUGUAAUUGAAAAUCCCCUUUUUGAAAGGACUGGUGAGAGAAAUGUCUCUUCUGAAUCUGGUACCACCAGAGUAUUAAGAGAAAUGUCUGAGAACCAAAGAGAUCGCAGAAAAAGCCUUGUUCAACGAGGCUUGCAACGUUCUAAGACAGUUAAAGAGUAUGUUUCUAAAAGUACAGCGUCCUUCUUUGGUCUUGAUGAAGAAACAGAACAUAACAGUUAUCAGCGAUGGACAGAAAGGAGGAGGAGAUUGCUGAGCAAAAGAUGGGGAGAAUUAAAGGAUGAUUCAGAUCCACUGGAUGAGUUAGCAUGUUAUCCUGCUGUGCCUCAACAAGCUGCACCUUCUCGGUUGCAAUCCUCAGCUGAAACUGAUAGUGUUGAUGGACCUAGAAGGACGCAGAGUUCAGUAUCUCACAAUGAAACGUUAUUCCAAAAACAUAGAAGAAAAGAUUCUGCUUAUAAAAUUAUUGUGGAUGGUCUGGGACUUAUAUCAUCUACAAUAGUCAGGCGUUGUUCCACUCGAAAUUUUUGGCCUAGUCAUUCAAGCCAUUCAGCUAGUAGUUAUACUGCGACAAGUGCAGAUAAUGCAUUUAAUGAGGAUCAGCAAGACAAUGGGCUUCCAUCUCAGCCGGUAUUUCCAGACACUAGUCAGCUUGUGGAUGAUGUAUUCUUUGAGCAGCAACCAUCAAAUUCUGUUGAGGCUCAAAGUCAAACUGACAAACUUUUGGCUGCAAGGUUGUAUAUGGCACCAACUCCAGGAACUCCUAGUGUAGAUGCUGUGGAUGUUGCUAGGUCUGACAGUCAAGGUUGGUCACAAACCUCUCCUCAAUUAGAACUCCCAAGUUCCAAUGUUGGAAUGAAACGGAUAUGGAAUAAGGCUUUAAGUCAAGAAUUUCAAAAUUUUGAUCGAAGACAGUAUGGAAUGGGAGUUAUGGGAAGAUUUUUUAAUCGAAGAAUUAGGCAAGAUCGUAUUACAUCUGAUGUAAAACAACAGCUAGAUGACAUAAAUGACCAUAGGCCUUUUUUCACGUAUUGGGUAACAACGGUUCAGAUACUUGUGACAGUGAUAUCACUGGCAGUGUAUGGAUUUGGACCAUUUGGAGUUAAAAAGACGCAGCGUUCAGGAGAGGUGAUGGUUACUAGUCUUCAUCUGCAGCAAGUUGAUUAUUUUGAGCCAGAUAACUUUUGGCUUGGUCCAAGAGCAGCUGAUCUGGUGCACUUAGGGGCCAAAUUUACACCUUGCAUGCGGACAGAUAAAAGUAUUUUUGAUUCAAUAUUUAGGGAUAGAGAGCGAGAACGAGAUACAGCUUGUUGUGUUCGGAAUGAUCAGUCGGGAUGUGUACAAACUUCACGUGAUAAAUGUUCUUUGGCUGAAGGACUUCAUCCAGGGGAGUUAAUAUCUUCAUGGAGGAAAUGGGAUACUAUGAGACCUGGGCCUCCUAGAUGGAUGUCUAACCCAAAUUCCAUUGCAAAGGAUCAUCUAGGCACUCAUAGGAGGCUUUCAGGUUCUGUAUGCGGUCAAGAUCCCAGGUAUUGCCAUGAGCCUGCAUCAGUAUUCCCUUAUGAAUGGCCUGAUGAUAUCACAAAAUGGCCUGUUUGUAAGGCUGUGGUUCCAGGUCACAAAAUUGCAGAGCCUCACAUGUCUUGUGAGAUAGUUGGUAGGCCGUGUUGCAUUGGCAUUUAUGGCGAAUGUCACAUUACCACCAAAGAGUACUGUGAUUUUGUUAAGGGAUUUUUCCAUGAAGAGGCUGCAUUGUGUUCGCAGGUAUCUUGUCUAGAUGAUAUUUGUGGCAUGAUCCCUUUUCACAAUCCUGAGGUGCCUGACCAAUUCUACAGACUCUGGACUUCCCUUUUCCUACAUGCAGGCAUCCUACACCUGCUGAUAACUGUGAUAAUUCAAUACCUUAUUAUGACUGAUCUAGAAAAAUUGGUAGGAGCAUUAAGAAUUAGCAUCAUAUACAUUAUGUCUGGAGUUGGAGGGAACCUCGCAAGUGCUAUUUUUGUGCCAUAUAGAGCUGAGGUGGGUCCUGCUGGCUCUCAGUUUGGACUAUUAGCUUGCCUCUUUGUGGAAGUGAUUCACUGUUGGAAAAUGCUGAAACAUCCUGGUAUGGCACUCUUAAGGCUAGGUGGUGUUGCUCUUGUUCUUUUUCUGGUUGGCCUUUUACCCUGGGUCGAUAACUAUGCUCACAUAUUCGGAUUUGCAUUCGGUUUCUUACUCUCUUAUGCUUUGUUACCUUUUGUAUCAUUUGGAACCUAUGACAAAGCAACCAAAGUUAUACUGAUAUGGGUGUGUCUUUUCAUCGUUGUUGUCCUCUGUGUGGGUCUGCUUAUUUUGUUUUAUGUGCAUCCUAUUUAUGAGUGUUCAUUCUGUAAAUAUCUUAACUGUAUACCUUUGACCGAGGACUUCUGUGAAAACCAGGAUAUCGUUUUCAAAAGACCAGAGUACUGACAUCGGUGUUUUGUGGCGUGUUGUUUUACUAGUCAUUUCAAGGUAAUCAAGACUGUGACAAGAUGUGCAAUGCUGUUUUUUAAAUCUAUUCAGCCAGUUGAAGUGCUCUCGUUUUUUUGUGAUUUCAAAAUUCGGGCAUGUGAACUCGUCAGCUGCAAGCCGACUUCAACGGACAAACAUUUUUACUGCUGUGAUGUAACCUUCAUGAGGUGUUUAAAUGACAAUUUUGUCAAUUUAUACUUAAUUUUCGAGAAUCACAAUUGUAAUAUUUUAUUAAAAAUCUAGUAAAACCUGUUG